AUGUUGCAGCUCCUGCAUGUUUCUGUGUUGUGGUUCUACCUUCUCCCGUCGCUGCUCUGUUACAACCUGCCCUGCUACUACAGCCCCAUCAUGGAGAACAAGUGGAAAUUUGAGCUAAUCGAGACAGAGUGCCCUCCUGAUGAGGUGUGCUUUAAGGGACAUGGUCACUACGGCAACCAUAGUGCCCUGUCGUUCCGGGGCUGCAUGGCGGAGAAGAACUGCAGCCAGGUGGACAGUCUCCAGGUCAGAGGGACCACCUACAACAUGAGCUACACCUGCUGUGAUUCGCCGUACUGUAACUCAUGCUCGAGUAUCACAGCCAAACUCUGCAUCACUGUAACACUUGUGACUGUAGCUGUGAUAGCAGGCUUGUGA